GACGCUUCGGUCGAUCUGCGGACAACAACAUGACGGAAGCGGAGAAUGGUGACAACUCGAAUGGCGGCACUCGGAGCAGUGGCCAGGAGUCUAUCGAGCAGGUCAUAGAGAUCGCGCAACAGUGGCAGAACGAGGACGGACAGUUCCACAUCACGGCGGAACAAAUGCGUACGUUCCUAGAGCAGGCCAGGAGUCUCAUGGUGACAGAAGCGUCGGGUGCCGGUCAGGGCGUAAGCUCAAAGGCCACGGCGGACGCGGACAACACCAAGAAUGGCCAAGGAGACGAACGGGACGACCAGCUGUCAUGGAACUCGUCGGCACGUUGGAGCAAAGUAGGCGACGCAGCUGCCGCCAGUCCAGCUCCACGAGGGGAACGAGAUCCUUGGCAGUCAGACGGACAAGAUCCGUGGAGCCAGGCUUCAAGCAGCUGGACAGACAAGUACGCCAGCUGGAAGGAUCACUCCAACGGUUGGCAGGACAGGUUCGACAGCUGGAGAGACACGUCGAACGAAUGGCAGUCGAACUACUGGCAGAGCCGCGACUGGAACGGCAGCAAGUGGGGCGAGGCGUCGGGGACCGAGAAGUGGAAGACCGACGAGAGGCGCGGGAGGGACUUCGCCGAUCCUGAGGCGUGGCCCGGCUGGUCAGAGUUCAAGCUAUGGCGGCGGAAGGUGAUGCGACGGCGGCAGACGACAGAUGUGGAGACACACAAGCACGCGGACCGCAUCAUGAAGCUGCUGCCGAUCGACUUGCAGCGGAAGCUGGAAGACAUCACCGACGAGGAUCUGAUAUCAGACAACGGAGCAGACAAGGUCAUAGCCAGGCUGGAUCUGCUCUCGGGAGAACGAGUCGGAGACGAGAAGCGUAAAGCAGGACGUGAAUGCUUGUUUUCGUUUCAACGCAAGCAAGGAGAAGGACUCACUGAGUACGCAGCAAGGUUGGACCUGGCUUUCGACAAGGUCGGUACCCUCGGGCUUCCUCUACCAGAUGAUUGGAAAUAUAUGUUCUUGGAAGAGGGAGCUGGACUGGACGAGAGAGGUGCUCAGUUGAUGAAGAUUCAGAUGAAGACAAAGGAUUCCUACAAAGAAGCCUUGGCAGCCAUCCGAGAGAUGGACGUGAUCAGGCGGGAACAUCUUAGCAGUCACCGAUCUCGAGCCUACCACGUCGAGCAGUCGGAGGUCGUCAAAUCAAGUUUCCCUGUUCAUGAGCCCAACUCCGUUGACGACCAGGACACGGACUCUCUACUCGACUGGGACGACGCAUCCUCUUUGGACACUGAGGGUGAGGCAGAGAUAUAUGUAGCGCUGGACAAGAUGGACCUGUACGACGAUGAGCUCAAGUACGUGUUCAACACCAUGCAAGAGGACAGGACCAAGUGCAGGUAUUGCGGCAAGAAGGGCCACUGGUCACGCGAAUGUCCAGACCGGAACGGCCAGAGCCACAGCGCCAGCGCAACCGGAGGAGGGACGGCGUCUUUCGUCGCCGGCUACGUGUACGCAAACGUGGUCGACCCCAACGCCCCGGAGGACGCGUCCAGCGGCCAGGAGCGACAGCAGCAGGACGAGCUGGUGCUUCUCACCGUCCCGCCCGGGGAGGCGGCGGUGGACACCGCGGCAGGAGUCAAGGUAGGCAUGAAUCGUCUGCCCAGUGGGCACCGCACCAUCAGGAUUGAUGACUUUCAAGCCUCGGGCGCCGAUUUCAAGUGCCCAGAGGCUCAGCUUCGCGAGAGGCGCCCGGCCACCAUGGCCGAGCAGGUGGCCGGCACCGACACGACCUGGACAUACGCUGUGACGGGCACGACAGUACCGGACCACCUCAACAAGGCUCAGCGCAGCUGGGCAUGCAUGGUCGGCAGCACCAUGUUCUGGCUCAACAAGCUCGCCGACGAGUUUGGGCGCAUGAUGGUGACGCGCAGAUUCUGGCCCACCAGCCUGCCGAAGUCGCUGAAGGUCGUGCCCCAGGCCUACUAUACUUGUUGGCAUCCCCCGAUCAGCGUCGACUACGGCUGCAAUGGAUAUGGUGCCUGGUGGGUCUGCUCGGACUGUACCAUGCGAGUUGGAUACCUCGACAAGAAGCCAGACAAGACGAAGAAGGAGCCAGACGUGACAUGUCUGUGCAAGCGCAGGACUGCGGCGUGCUCGCUCUGCGGGCGGGGUUUCGCUCAACAGAAGGGCGCAGCCGAGUCGGGAGCCGCUCAGCACUACACCCGAGCGAGCGAGGCCGACCGGGCGGACUGGGUGAUGAGCGAAGCGGAGGGCGACCUGCGUCGCAAGAAGCAGCUCCAACGACAGGAGGUCGCAGCGGCGGCGGCAGCGUCAGGGCCAGCUACUCCUCGGGAGCCGCGCAGUCGGAAGCCAGAGAACGGCGAGGAUCUCUCAGAGGUGAUGCAGAUGUUGAGGGACAUGAGCGCCAAGCAGGAGGCACAGCAGAACGCGAUCAGCCAGCUGACGAAGGUGACAUCCGGCCAGAGGCACGCGAUGGCGCUGCUCCAGUCCCAGAUGCAGGCCCAGAGCCCGGUCAAGGAGCAGUCCUCGAUCAAGGAGCAGCAGUCAAAGUCACCGGGACAAUCGUCGCAGCAGCCAGGAUCGAAGCAGGAGAUGCAGCCAGGACACCAGACGUCGAUAGCUACGACCCCACAUCUUGCAACGCAGCAGGUUCCACCAGAGGCGUCCUUCCAGAUGAUCGCGACCGCGCCGUUGGUUGCCGCCUACCCGAACUACGCGGCAGCACCACCCUUGCAGGAGCCGCAGGGACAGGCGAAAGGUCACGGCAAGGGCCCGGACAACCCGACGGGCCUGAUGGACCAGAGGGGCAACCUGUUGUCUUCUACCACGAUCAGCAGUAUCGAUCUCCCAGGAUCGGCCUUGCCUUCACAACAGUUGGCAGCGGCAGCUCCGCAGAAGCGACCUUCUCACCUUUCGAGGCCCUCUGCCGAGCAAGGAGAUCCCUGGAAGGAGUCGCCCGAAGAGAAGCAGGCGCGGGACCAGCGCCGGAAGGACGCGGAGGAGGCGGCCAAGCGCGACAAGGACCGUCUGGCGCGGGAUGGCUGGACGGCAGCGGGGUGGAAGUCGUGGGACGGCUGGAACAGCGGCGACCAGAGGUGGGACAAGGGCGGCCAGAAGCGGUAG